GCCCGAGCAGUGGGGAAGCCACGGCCACCAGUGGUAGAGCUGGCAAAGACGGAAAGGAGGGAAAGAUAGACAGAAGAGAUACUAGACAGGAGGGAUACGAGACAGGAAGACAAGCCCCCGAAAGAGAGCGUUUCACCUCCGCUGUUACGUUACGAAACGUCACUUUGAGAUUUGACAGCAGCGAAAUAACUGAAGAGAUGUGUCUGGCCUUCUUUUACACAGCGCUUAUUUCACAACCGAGGGCAGUAGAGUAAACAGCCGCAGUGAUCCCAUCAUCCCAGGCUUUGUGGAUUUACUUGCCACAGUUAUCUAAAGGGAUGCCCUAUUGAUUCCUGCUUUUCUAACAAAGCCCAUUGAUUACAGUAAGGGUGUUGGAAAGGCCUUGAUCACAGCUAUGUCAACACUGCAUCAGGAUAUUUCAAGUCAACAAGGAGUUUGUGUUUUCAGCUGUUAAAUUUAGUAUAUUUUUUUUUUGGGACAUCCGUCUUAAAUUUGUUGUGUACUUUUGAGCAUGUAUUUUUGAUUUGCUUAAUUAAUCAUUUGAACCAGACACUCUUUCGUCUCUACAGUAAACACAACAUAUUCCCUUACCAUGUACGGUAGCUCCCGUUCCGUCUCAAAGCUGGAUGUUGUUGGAUCCAAUGGUAACGGGUCAGUGUCUGGGAGCCCUGGGCGCUCCCCACGCCUCCCUCGCUCUCCACGCCUUGGACACAGACGAAACAGCAGCAGCAGCUCCACCAGUGGACUUACUGGCUCCUGUAAAACCCUGUCCAUGGAGAACAUUCAGUCUCUAAAUGCUGCCUACGCUACAGGCGGUCCUAUGUACUUCACUGACACAGUUGAUGACACGAUUGGCAUUGGGAGCCUGGGCAGUGGGCUGAACCCCUCGCUGCCCAAAAGCACCAUGACCUUGGGCAGGGCUGGGGCCAGGGUCCCCUAUGGGGUCAGGGCGGCCAUCAUGGGAAGCAGUCCUAAUAUAAACACUGGAGGAGGAGGGGGAGGGGGUGCAAUGCACAGUGAUGCAAUAGCAUUUGGGGGGGAGCUGCAAAACCAGCUUUCACAGGCGGCCACUGUGCCCCACUCCAUAAGACAGGUGAGAGACGGUGCAAUGUCAGACCUGCAGACACAGUUAAGAGAAGUGCUGAGAGAGAACGAACUACUACGCAGAGAACUGGAGAGUAAAGAGUCCAAGUUGAGCUCCUCUAUGAACUCCAUUAAGACGUUUUGGAGUCCAGAGCUGAAGAAAGAGAGGGCGCUGAGGAAGGACGAAGCAACAAAGAUUGCCCUGUGGAAGGAACAGUACAGAGUGGUGCAGGAGGAAACGCAGCAUUUUCAGUGCACCAUCCAGGCUUUACAAGAUGAGCUCAGAAUCCAGCGAGAUCUCAAUCAACUCUUCCAGUCCGAUUACUCCGAGUCCGGUCACCUCGGAAACCAGCCCAUGCCCCCUCAGGAAAUGACAGAAGAGAACUUCCUGCGUCUCCACAGCGAGUACGAGCGACAGAUGAAAGAGCUCUUCCUCCUAAGGAAAACUGUGGAGGAAAUGGAGCUGAGGAUAGAUACACAGAAACACACACUAACUGCCAGGGAUGAAUCCAUAAAAAAGUUACUGGAAAUGUUGCAGAGCAAAGGCCUGUCGUCACGGGCGACUGAGGAGGACCAUGAACGAACAAGGCGACUGGCCGAUGCUGAGAUGACCAUCCACCAACUGGAGGGCCUACUGGAGCAAAAAGACAAGGAGAUGCUACAACUCAGAGAGGAGCUGCACAGGAGAUACGAAGCAGCUCCAGAAUCAACAAAGACCAAGGCUUUGCAGACCGUCAUCGAAAUGAAGGAUGCAAAGAUCAGCUCUAUGGAGCGCGGCCUGAGAGAGCUGGAGGAGGAGGUGAACAUGCUCAAGUCCAAUGGAGCUCUGAGCAGUGAGGAGAGGGAGGAGGAGAUCAAACAGAUGGAGGUCUACAGAUCUCACUCCAAGUUCAUGAAAAACAAGGUUGAGCAGCUGAAGGAAGAGCUAUCUCAAAGCCAAUCAGAGAAGGACGAGCUAAAGCAACGAGCCAAUGAGCUCCAGCGGGAGGUGUCUGCAAUGGAACAGGCAAAGCAGGAUCUGAGUCGUAAGGACAGCGAGCUGUUGGCUUUCAGGACCAAACUGGAGACUUUGAACAAUCAGUUUUCUGACAGUAAACAACACGUGGACGUCCUCAAGGAGUCACUCACUGCCAAGGAACAGAGAGCCGCUAUACUGCAGACUGAGGUGGAUGCGCUGCGUCUCCGUCUAGAGGAAAAAGAAUCUCUCCUCGCAAAAAAGAGUCAGCAGAUAUCAGAGCUGACAGAGGAGAAAAGCACUCAGCACGGAGAGAUCAGCGACCUCAAAGACAUGCUGGACGUCAAGGAACGCAAGGUUAACGUUCUGCAGAAGAAGAUAGAGAACCUCCAGGAUCAACUGAGGGAUAAAGAGAAACAGCUGGGCGGACUGAAAGACAGAGUCAAGUCUUUACAGACGGACACCUCGAACACCGACACAGCACUGGGAACACUGGAGGAGGCUCUGGCUGAGAAGGAGCGAAUCAUAGAGCGGUUGAAGGAGCAGCGGGAGAGGGAGGAAAGAGAAAAAGGGGACGAGAUGGAGUCUAGCAAGAAGGAGCUGAAGGAGUUGAGGGAGAAAGUCUCCCAUCUGCAGGCUGACCUGUCUGACCGUGAGACUUCAUUGUUGGAUCUGAAGGAGAAGGCUUCCUCUCUGGCUUCCUCCACUUUGAAGAAGGACAACAGGCUGAAGACUCUGGAGAUCAGCCUGGAGCAGAAGAGAGAGGAGUGUGUCAAACUUGAGAACCAACUCAAGAAGGCUCGGAGCGCAACAGCAGAUUCCCAGGCCAGCACUGAACUAUCUGAACGCAUCUCCUGCCUGGAGCAGGAAGUGACCCGGCACAAAGAGGAUGCCGAGAAGGCCCAGUCCGAGGUGGAACGACUUCUGGAGAUCCUGAGGGAGAUGGAGAAUGAAAAGAACGACAAGGAGAAAAAGAUCCACGAAUUGGAGAGGCAGAUGAAGGACCAGUCGAAGAAGGUGGCCAACCUGAAACACAAGGAGCAACUGGAGAAGAGCAGGAACGCCCAGCUGAUGGAGGAUGCCAAGAAGAGAGAGGACAAUCUGAAUGAAAGCUCCCAGCAGAUACAGGACACCCUCCGUCUGAAGGAGGAGCGUAUUGAGGAGCUGGAGGAAGCGCUGAGGGAAAGUGUUCAGAUCACAGCGGAGAGGGAGGUGGUGCUCGCCCAGGAGGAGCAGGCACGCACACACUCCGAGAAACAGGUGGAGGACCUGCUGGUUGCCAUGGAAAGGGUGAAACAGGAACUUGACGUGAUGAAAGCUAAGCUGUCAUCAACUCAACUUUCUCUGGCCGAGAAGGAAGGUCACCUGACCUCCCUGCGGGCCGAGCGGCGGAAACACCUGGAGGAGGUCCUGGAGAUGAAGCAAGAGGCGCUGCUGGCAGCCAUAAGUGAAAAAGACGCCAACAUUGCCCUGCUGGAACUCUCCUCAUCCAAGAAGAAGAAAACCCAGGAGGAGGUGGCAGCGCUGAAGAGGGAGAAGGAUGGUCUGGUUCAUCAGCUCAAACAGCAGACUCAAAACCGGAUGAAGCUGAUGGCAGACAACUAUGAGGACGAACACCUUAAGGUGUCCUCUCCAAACUCAGAGCAGCCCAACAAUCACAAGCCCUCCCCAGACCAGAUUCUCUCUCCUCUCCUGGAUCUCAAUCAGAAUCGCAGUAAACUGAAGCUGUACAUCAGUCACCUGACCUCACUGUGUCAGGAGCGAGACCCAAUUAUACUGCAGGACUUCGCCCCACCCCCCGCCUAUCACCGCUCUGACUCCGCCUCCUGGCAUACGCAGCUGCACAGCAUGACGCAGGAACAGUUGGAGGCAGAGUUAGCGCUGUGUGAGAGGGAGGGGGCGGAGCUCCAGGAGUACGCCAAUCAGGUCUUGCAGCAGAUCGCAGACCGAUGCCCCGACAUUUUGGAACAAGUGGUCAACGCUCUGGAGGACAGCUGCUGACACAGAAACAUAAAUAAGCUUACGUACAGACAUGAAUUAGCCUGCGAAGUCAGAAAGCAAGCAAACAUGCACAGGACCGUCAGAAGUCUCCAGCAAGCCCCCAUAAUCCCCUGAUACUCAAAACAAAUCACAGGAUGAAGACUUUCUCUUCCACCGGCUUUUCACUUAUCUCAUUUUCGGAAAAGGGGAUCUAAAAAAAAAAAUCACGACAUUACUGGAAAAUAUUCUUCCAUCGUGUCUUUAGUCACUAUCAUUUUGAACAAACAGUGUCAGCUGAGGGAAAUAUUGUUCAUGUUUCAGUUCAUAGUGCUUUGUUGGCAUGCAAGUUAAUUGGAAAUAGUUGAUGUUUUUGAGACAGUAAACACGUAUUUUCCUAAAUACUCCGAAACAGCCUUCUGCGACACUUCACAGCGGCCAUCUUGUGUCCUUCCAGGCAAUCAGCAGUCGUAAUCGUAACUUGAUGUAUUUUAUGGGUGGAAAUUAUUUUUAAACUGUAUGAAAAAGGUAAAAGUGAGUCGAGCUUGCCAGGUUGUUUCUGAUGCCAGACUUACAUGCUGUUACUACAUUGUUAUUUGAUUGGUUCAGAUACAAAAGUGUUUAUUUCAGCUGCCUUUGAUUCCUUACAUCAUUUGCUGCUAUCUUUUCAACAUUUAGUUUCUAUUUUUCUCCCAUUUUGUGUUUUUUUUCUCUCUGAUGAAACAUCCCAACUUCAGUUUCUUUCAGCAGUAAUCUCUGGAUAGUUGUGUAUAUUGUAAAGAGAGAACUUUAUUGAACAGAAACACAGCUUUCGUCAGGCAAACAUGACUUUUUUUUUUUUUUUUUUGCCCCGUAAUUGGUGAAAGGCACAAACCACAAAAAUCUCGCAAUGCUCCCUUUAUUAAAACACAAUAGUGUCGAUAUUUUUUGUGUUUCUUUUUAACCUAAGAAAAACAUAUUCAGUUAUGGUGUCCAUGCUGAGAUUAGGUUGUGUUCAGACAAUCCCUCACUCACCAUUUUGUGACAAUCCCUUUAGAGUUAACACGGAUAAAUCUGAACUCACUUUCCCUAAUUGAAGAAUCUUUUUUUCUUUUUCUUUUUUUUCUUGGGAGGUAGGGAAUAUUAAAUAACAUCUAUAUAUUUUUUUGCUUUUGGUAAUAUAUAUAUAUAUAUAAAACACUAAUCUUGUUUAAAUGAAAAUAUUGUCAUGUAUUGGUUGAUAUGUUACAUAAUGUGUCAAAACGUCUUUUCUUUUUUUGUGAUUUGCGAGUAACCACAGAUUGGUUCCGUAAGCAGGAGACUGUUACCUGUUACUGGGAACAUAUAUUGCACCGACACGAGGCUCUGUGUCCACCGGGAACAUUUCCACCGACUCAGUUUCUUGUUCUUGUUGUUUACAGUGGAAAUGACACUCUGAUGCAUGUUUCCCACAGCGCCGACAGUCUUAGCAUGAUUAAAACGCUAGCAGCACUAGAGGUUCAAAUUGUUUCAACUUCAAUCAAAACCUCCUCUAACAGUUUAUUUUUUUGUUGUUGUUGUUGUUUUUUAGUCUUAUACUGAUAGUGAGUGCUGAAGCCAUGACUGGCCACAUGCAACUGUUUAGCGCUGCUCCUUUAAAAGAAAUACCUGGUGGAGACAAACCUAAAGAGGGGGAUUUACACGGCACACUCAAAUCUAAUUUAACACCAUCCAAAGAAGCCAAAAAAAAAAAAAAAAAAGGUUUCAUUUUUGGCACCUAAGCUGUGUAUUAAAAAAGCAAAUGAGGGGUUUAAUUCCAAAAUAUUACUUGAGGUUCAGGUUCCUCAAAUGUUACCAGUUUGAAAUAGCUAAAAGCUUAAAAAAAAUCAUGAGGAUUUGAAAAAUGGCUCUUAUUUUGGAAUUAAACUUCAUCAGAUAUGAGCUUGUGUUGUAAUUCCAGUAUUUUGUUGUCUGUUUUAUACUGAUAAUGUUUGGAAGCGGUGAUGACCGCAACUAACCGCGACUUUGUUGUGGAUUAAAAAUGAGAGAAUAGAAUAAAAUAUGGAUUUAUCUUUA